AUGGAAAAGACUGCUCUCACGGCAGCAGGGGGCCUGGGGAAGCUAGACGUUUGCAGGCUGCUGCUGGAGCAGGGAGCAGCGGUUGCUCAGCCCAACAGACGAGGCAUGGUACCCCUGUUCAGUGCUGUCCGACAGGGAAACUGGCAGAUUGUGGACCUUCUCCUGACUCACGGAGCGGAGGUGAACCUCGCAGACAAGCAGAGCCGAACCCCUCUGAUGAUGGCUGCCUCAGAGGGUCACCUGGGCACUGUGGAGUUCCUACUGGCACAAGGUGCGUCCCUGCCUCUGAUGGACAAGGAGGGGUUAACAGCUCUGAGCUGGGCGUGUCUGAAGGGACACCUGCCCGUGGUGCGCUGUCUGGUGGAGAGGGGGGCUGCUACAGACCAUGCUGAUAAGAACGGACGCACGCCCCUCGACCUGGCCUCCUUCUACGGGGACUCAGAGAUGGUCCAGUUCUUAGUGGACCAGGGGGUGAUGAUAGAGCAUGUGGACUACAGUGGGAUGUGUCCUCUGGACCGGGCCGUGGGCUGCAGGAACACGUCCGUGGUGGUCACCCUGCUCAAGAAGGGAGCCAAGAUAGGUCCAGCCACAUGGGCCAUGGCUACCUCCAAACCCGACAUCAUGAUCAUCCUACUGAGUAAGCUGAUUGAGGAGGGAGACAGCUUCUAUAAGAAAGGGAAAGUAAAGGAGGCAGCACAGCGGUAUCAGUACGCCCUCAAAAAGUUCCCCCGUGAAGGCUUCAGUGAGGACCUCAAGACUUUCAGGGAGCAGAAAGUGUCCAUCUUACUCAAUCUGUCCCGAUGUCGGAGGAAACUGAACGACUUUGGGAUGGCUGAGGAGUUUGCUACAAAGGCACUUGAAUUGAAACCAAAAUCAUACGAAGCGUACUAUGCCAGAGCCCGCGCCAAGCGUAGCAGCAGGCAGUUCCCUGAGGCCUUGGAGGACCUGAAUGAAGCAAUGAAGCAGAGCCCCAACCACCCUGAGAUCCAGCGCCUCCUGCAGCGGGUAGAGGAGGAGUGUCGACAGCUUACCCAGGAGGAGGAGGACGCACAGAAGCUGGAGCCUCCCCCAUCUCCUCCCCCCUCGCCUCCCCCAUACGAGGGGGAGGAGGAGGAGAUGUCCCUGUCCUCCCUCCCACUCCCCCUGGAGCUCCCCCCUCCCCCGGAGCCUCGGCUGGAGGACAUGGAGCCGGUCCAGGAUCUGUUUGAGGACGAGGACUAUCUGGUGCAGGAGGCCAUGUCUAUGGGGAGUAUGGGUUCUAUGGGUCUGGCCCUCGAGAGGGAGCUCUGCUCCAACCCCUCCAGCCUGCCUAUCAUCCAGAGCCCCCCUCUUUCUCCAACCAUCCACCAGCACCCCUACCACCAGGACCAGGCAUUCCUGUCGGGGGGCUCCCCCAUGGGCCAGGCUUACGUCUACGACCAACCCAGCCCCACCUCCAUGUCCUCUCCCGGCAUCCAGAACUACCAGCUGCCGUCGCCCCCCUCUCUCUCCCCCACGCACCACAACUCCCACUACCGACACAGCCCUCCACAGACCUCCCCGGUGCACCAGACCACCUACCGCUUCAGCCCCCCGCCCAAUGGAGGAGGGGGACAAGGGAUGGACCACGGAUACCAGAGCCCCCCGCUAUCCCCUCUGCGUCGGGGUGGGGUACAGAGCCAGUACAGAGCCAGUCCCCCGGUGGAGAGUGUGUGUCUGUACAGGUCCCAGUCAGGGUCUCCGGUGCGCUACCAGCAGGAGCAGCCUACCCUUUCAAAGAUGAGCAGCCAGAGGUCCUUCCAGCAGAGCUCACAGCCUUCCCUGCACCACCAGCACCACCAGGCCCAGGGCCUGCGCCUCCAGCCCUCCAUGGCCCAGAUUGUUCGCACCAACCAGCCCAGCAACACAUACGGCCAGAUGGGCCACCCCAUGCGUUACCAGGGGGCCUCCAUGGACGUGCCGAUGGAGAGCCAGAGCCGGUUGAUGUACCAGCCCUCCCUGGAUGGUCGCUCCAUGCCCCAGUCCAGCCUCUCAGCUGGGGCCCUCUGUCAGCACGUGGGCCGAGGAGGGGUCAUAGAGGGCCUGAUGAAGGACGAGCUACCCCAGCGCCCCUCCUCUGCCUACCGUGCCAGCAGUGGGGGAGGACAAGGGGGCCAGCUCCAGGGGGCUGUCCGCUAUAGCCAGACCCCCCAGAUUAGCCGCAGCCAGUCAGCCGCCUACUACCCUGGUGCCAAGCACGAGCUGGAGCGCCAAAACAGUGCCAUGCCCCAGUGCCAGCUCGGAUCACCAGAGAUCGGCCACAUGGUGAGGCGGCCCGUCAGUGCCACUACCACGGAGAUCAAACCGCACAUUUCCACUCCCCGGCCCCUCAUCCACUCCCAGAGCGUGGGCCUCCGCUUCUCCCCUUCCAGCAACAACAUCCCCACAGGGGGCUCUAGCUGUAAUCUAGCCCCAGGCUUCAGGCCUUCCUCCUCCAUCCAGGGGAUGGAGAUCCCGCUGCAGGUGGCUUACGAGGGCUACGAAGGCUACGAGGGGUACGAGCGUUCCUGUAACGACGACAUCUCCCCAAACUCGCCCUCCCAGGGCAGCGGUGGUGGGCUGUACCAGGGUGAGAGCACCCGCUCACGGACCACGCCCUUCAUGGGCAUCAUAGACAAGACAGCACGGACUCACCAGACUCAAUACCUGCAGCAGCCCUCGUCCCAGCGGCCCUGGGCUAUGACCUCCAUGGACUCUGGCAUCAGCCCCACAUCGCCCGGCCAACUGGUCCAGCAUGGCUCGUCCUACAGCCCCCCCACCUCGCUGGGGAACUUCGCUUACUACAACAAGACUAACAACGCCCAGAACGGACAACUCCUGGAGGAAGACUACUACCCCCAGCAGCCCCAGCAUCAGCAGUCCUCCCUGGGCAAGCUGGCCAACGGAGCCUCCCGGGGUGGAGGAGGGGACAUCCUGGAGCGGGUGAGCCAGGUGCCCACCUAUCCAGACGUGAAGGUGGCCAGGACUCUGCCCGUAGCUCAGGCCUACCAGGACAACAUGUACCGACAGCUCUCUCGUGAUAUGUCCCGUGACUCUAGGCAGGGCCCCACCUCCCCCAUCAAACCAAAGAGACCUUUCGUGGAGUCGAAUGUGUGA